AUGAUUAUAAUAGCUCGUCCAGCUGGUAAUCGAUGUAUAUUUGGUCGAACGAAACGAUUUUUAUCAUCAGAAUGGCUUAAACAACAUCCAUUAUCAUUAAUUGCUGAAGCAAAUCAUGCACCAGUUUAUGAUCAUGAUGUUGUUAAAAUAUGUGUUGAUUUAAAAUUUCAAUUAUUUGGAAAUUUUUUAUAUUUUCUUAUAUUAUGUUCGCAAAUAUUAUUUGUUUUUCUUUAUACAGGUGUAGCACUUGCUUCACCAAUACCUGUUCAAUCUUAUUAUGAUACAUCAAAUUAUACUUGUAAAGAAUUAUGUCAAAGUUUAACAUUAGAUCAAGUGGAACCUCUACCAGCUAAUUUUCUACUUCGUAUUUUACGUUUGUUAUUAUUAAUGUGUUCAUGUAUUGUAUUAUUAAAAGAAUUUUUUCAAUUAAUAUCUCAACGUGAAAAAUAUUUUCGUGAUCUAUUUAUAAAAUUUCUUGAAUUACAAACAUAUAUAUGUUCAAUAUUAUUUUCAAUUGAUCUUAAUUAUUGUACACAACAUACUGGUCUUCGUUGUAAAUGGCAAUGGGAAUGUGGAGCAUUAGGCAUAGCUAGUGUAUGGACAUUAUUAUUAUUUGUUUUUAUGAAUUCAUUAAAAAUUGGAAAAUAUGGUCUUUUAUUUGUUAAUGUAUUUUUAACAUUUUUAAAAUUUUGUCUUAUUUAUGUAUUUAUAUGGAUUGGUUAUAUAAUUGCAUUUUACAUGUUAUUUAUACAUAAGAAACCACAAUUUGCAACUAUAUUUUAUGCUAUACCAAAAACAUUAGCUAUGCUUACAGGAGAAUAUGAUUUUGAUGAUUUAUUUUUUCCACAUGGAAAAGCUUUACAAGGUAGUGAAGCAGCCAUGGUACUUUAUUCAGUAUUUGUAUUUACAAUGAAUAUUGUUAUUAUGAAUAUUAUGGUUGGUCUUGCUGUAUCGGAUGUAAAAUGUUUUCGUUUAAAUGCUAAACGUGAACAUUUACGUGCACGUAUUGAAACAUGUCUUGGUUUACAAGCAAAAUUUGGUCUUUUAUGUGAAACAUGUUCUCAAUUAGUACUUUCUUUAUCUAGACAUUCAUAUUUUCUACAUUUUCAAGUAGAUGGUGCCAAUAAAUAUUAUUUAUGGAAAUUAGAACUACGUAAAUCACGUGUUGAUUUGCCUCAACCAAUAAAUGAAAAUCCGUCAGUAACAAAUCGUACUGGAAAAUAUCAUUCAACAAGAGAACAUGUUACAUGUGAAAUAGGAUAUUAUAGACAUCAUCUUGAUCGUGCUGGUGAACCAUUAUUACAAGAAAAUGAUCAUACAAGUUUAGUUCAUAAAGUCGAUGAAUUACGAGAUGUUUUUGAAAAAGCUAACACACGAUUUCAUCAUGAAUUAAGAAAAUUAACUAUUUCACUUCAAACAGAUUUUGAUGAAAUUAAAAAAAAAUUACUUCAAAGUUAA